AUGCAAAGUCUUAUUGCACCAGACUUUGACGAAACAAACAUCUUGGUGCAAACGAUCAGCUGCCCCAUCUUGGGCAUGUUAUACACGUUAAAAAAAGUGCGCAUUGAACCGACUACAUUUAACAACGACAUCAACAAGCAAAGGCGACGUGAUUUUGCACUCAAGCUCAAGCCACACCAAGAAAACGGGGACUAUAUUGCGGACCUUUAG